AUGGACUUCACCGACAUUACCUACUCGAUUCCCCGUGCCAACAUCUUCAGCGGCCUAGAGCCCUGUCUCGCUGUUAUCCUCGCUUCGGUCCCUAUGAUGCGCCCACUCCUUGGGCGCUCAGCAUACACACCCGAGGUGACAGCUCGGCCUUCGAAUAAAUCUUCGUCCCACCCUGGAAGAUCCAGAUCUGCUGGCGAGGGCGAGUUCCAGCCGUUGCAGGAUGACUCGAGCGAGCUGUGCUUGCGGCCAAUUGGGCCAAAACAUGAGGUUAGUGUCGCUGUUCAAAACCUCACAGAGGCGAGAGAGAGACACCGUAGAAGCGAAGAUCUUCUUGAAGCUGGAGAGAGCAGGAAUAUAGAUCAGACACAGAAAGAAGACUGGGCGAUUUCGGUGAAGCAAGAAUGGGCUGUGUACCAUGGAGAGAAGUAA